AUGAACAAAAUCACACUCUUGUCUAUUUUAUUUUUUAAUCCAGGUAUUUUUCAAUUAUGUUUUUUGAAUUUUUUGCAUUUUGAAGCGACUCCUCAAACCUACCCUCGACUGGCCGACAGCCUGAAAAAUUAUGACAAGCGGUUCAGCCCGUUCUAUUAUGAUCGUAAGACGGUUACGGUGAACUUGAUAAUACCGUACAUCAUACUGUUGAUUGUGGUAGGAUGAUGGUGUACUGUAGAUUUUAUAUAUUAUUUUCUAGAAAGAGAACGAGAGCCGCGCCGAGUGGAUUCUCAGCUAUGAAAUGGUUGGUUUUGAAAUUUUUUUGAGCGUGUUGCCGCGUCGAAAACUUAUAGCUGGACGACUCGGCUAUGCGACACGGCUAAAAAAUAUAUUUUAUCCAAGGACUUGAUAAAAAAAUUUUCAAUUUUCGGUCUGAAUAUGUAUCUUGAGCUUGUUCAAUAGCAAUUAGACACUGUGACGCGAUUAAAAGUUGAAAUUUUUUGAUGAAAUUGGCUUCCCUGAUGUGUGGCUUGAUUAGCAGCUUUACUUGGCGACGCCGCUGUGCAACUCGGCUAUAUUUUGCGACUAGGCUAUGCGACGCGGCUAAAAAAAUGAUUUAAUUGAGUGAAAGAUUGAAGAUUCAAGCUUGAAUUUGUGGCUCGGCCAGUUGUUGAAAAUUAGGCCCAUAUGUCGGCCGGGUCCAACUCUGCGGUAGGGCCUAUUCUCCCCCUUAAAAAAACGGGUUUUUUUAGCCGCGUCGCACUUUGCCACAAAAAUAUAGCCGAGUAGCAUUCUUCUGUCAUUCUUUUUGGACCUAUUUUUCAACUAAAGUAGCUGAGCCACACAUUCAAGUUUGCAGCUUCUCUUUCAGAAUCGUUCAUUUUUUUUGUAUUAGUCAUAGAUGUAACCGAUUAAGCGGUGAACAAAAAUUUCAAAAGCCAUAACGAAAAACAGCCUUUGGUGGACCAGAAGCUCAAAACAAGUAGUUGAUCAAGUUGAAAGCAUGGCCUUACGGUCUUCGCCUCGUUCUUCCGCGCGUAGACCAUCCAGUCAGUCCCUGACAAGCCCAGAAUGUAGCGGAUAUUGUGCUGGAGCCCGGAGACCAUGCUUUCGGUGGAAGCGUCGUAACGAGAGCGACCAAUUCUAGUGAAAACUUAACGCGGAAAAAUUUCGCAACUCGGCUAUCUAUCCCCAUUUUUAGCGAUGGAUCGACCCUCGACUCGCCUUCAACAGUUCGGAAUACGGCGCAGAACACUACUUUAUCCCGUCUUCUGAAGUAAUUUCAAGCUCUUUUUAUAGAAAAAUAGGAAAAAUUAGGUUUGGAAACCGAGAUCCUUCAUCUACAACCUGGUCGAUUAUAAAGAUGCCUCCGGUGAAGAUGUCAACAACGACGUUAAGGUCGAAUUGGCUCUUUUUUGCCUUGAUUCGGAAUCAUUAAAGUUUUCAGGUGAAUGCAAGUGGGGAAGUGAGCUUUCGAAGAACCUUAUUCGCCAACUGCAUGUGUGAGGUUCAUGUGGAAAAGUUGGUUUUUUUUUUUCUUUAAUCUCGAAUUUCGCUUUCGUAGACUUCUGAAGGGAUUGACAGAAACGCAAAAAACAAAACGGAAAAACUCUUAUUUUUCAGCUUUCCCUUCGACACCCAAGGCUGCGUGAUCACAUUUACGAAUCCUACAAAUCCAAUAGCAGAAGAAAGGAUCCAAGCCUCGAUUGAUAACUUUAGAGAACGGGGUUAUUCGGCCUAUACGGUAGGGAACCGCGUUUGGAAUGGCUCAAAGCAUGGUGGUUGCGCUUCUGAAGGGCUCUGUUGGAAUUAUUCCGCGAAAUUGAAACCUAGAAGUUGAGAGUUUCCUGCGGCUUUCCGUAGCGCAUCAGGUUGCGUGCUUGGCUACGGUUUAAGAGGCUACAAGUUCGAUCCCCGCCGCGACAUAACCAAGGGAGAGUGGGAAACCACGACUUAAAAAAAACAAGGACGGAUAUGUCACUCGAGCCAGUCCACUGAUAAUCACAUAUCAGGAUAGGACCUCGGCUAAUCGACUUGGGGCGCCGACGCCGCUCAAGCGGUACAAAGGCGUAGGGAGAAGAAGCUGAGAUUUUCCUGGAAGAGGUUAGAAAAUGCUCUAGUGGUCGCUUGGUCAAUUUUGCCAUCACUUUGAAAUGAAAAAGAACUUAGAGCUGCGCCUGACCUUCAGCGACUUCUCCAGGCUCCGCCCACUAGAUCCGUUAACAUUCAUUAUUCACUUUGGGGCCCCUAGCUACAGGAUCUCAAAGCGCAAGUAAUCCUAAGCGGGGCUUUCAGCCAUUUCAUGCGGCUUCAAGGCAUUUUCAUAGUUUUAUCAUCAAUUUUUUUGAGGGAAACACUGAAUUCGCCUUUUCGAACAUUUCCCUGACGGUCUUACACACGCAAAUCCUCGGAGAGCGCCAAGAAAUGGUUCAAAAACUUACCUUUUCUCUUUGAUUCAAGUGAUUUUCAGACGAUUUUUGUGGCCCACUUGAAAAGGUACCCCAAUUAUUACAUCCUAAUCGUUGUGAUGCCAACUUUUGCCAUCGGAAUUAUCGCGAUUACUGGAGCGUUGUUGCCUGUAAGGGGCGAGGAGUCAGGAGAUAUUGUGAGUUUUCAAGGAAGCUUGAAAGUUUCAGAAGGUUGAAGAUUUUUUUGGGUUCGUGGUUUUUUCUCAAGCCGCUGACGCGUCCGAGGAUUCUUGAAGUUUAAAAAAAAAUAACGAUUUUGCGAGCGCGACGCGUUUUACAGUACCAGAGAGUGCAGAAAAGGAGAAAAUUCAUGUCUUUUAAUUAUCAAGAUUAAAGUUACAUUCAUUUCUCGAUCCUAGUACCGCGUACGCAGCCGCGACGCGUCCGAGGAUCUUUGAUAUUAAAAAAUGCCGACCGUGACUUAAAAGCGCAGAAAUAGCAAGACUUCGCGUUUUUUAAUAUACAUAUAUCUUCAAGAUUAUUUUUUGCUUCAUUGUUUCGUCUUUGAACCGCUAACGCAGCCGCGACGCGUUCACUUAUUCUCAUAGUUAAAAAAAAAUAUCCUUGCGAUCGCCAGUCGUACCCGAUUUUUUUUUAAAUGCAGUUAUUUUUUAACUUCAGUGUGUACCAAGAAACUGAAUCUUGAGAAAAAGUUCAAGGAACGAAAAAAAAAAACGCUCUCGCGACCGCGUCGCGUCGGAUGAUACUGAGAAGCGCGAAAAAAUUGGAUAAAAAAAUUUCUCUUAUCACUAUCAUUCCAGUUAAUUACUAACAAGCUUCAAUCAAAUUUUUUUCAACGAUUUUUCAACUUCAUUCAUUUUUUUAAUUUUUAUUUUUUUGGUAUGUACUCAGUUCCAGAUCGAACUAGCCCUGGCGACGAUUCUAGCGCUCGUUUUCAUGCUCGGCAUAGUCACCGACAGCUUACCUAAAGCUAAAGGGAUUGGCAUGGUUGGGUAAGAUUUAUUUGAUUCGGGAAAUAACGGAACAUGAGCCUUUAUCCCGUUCCAAUGGAAAAAGCGGAAAAUAGGCGCAUAACCUAAUUCAAUUUGUAUUUCUGUUCACUAGCGAAUGCAAUUUUGAGUGAAUUGUUGAUGACAGAGCGUUCGGAAGUUAAUUUUUCGGUGGGAACUUAUGUAAAAAGUUGAUUUUUUAUAAACUCUGACAAGGAAGGUCAUUUCACUCUUUCGGAAUUUCUGAAACCUGGUCAGGUUGUUCCUUGGUUUUUAAAAAAAAAGUCAAUCUGCAAAACUUCUCAGUUUUCUAGAAGUGAGGGCUCAAAGUCUGAAAAUGAAUGACUUCAGCGGAUUUUGAUGAUUUUCGUUUUAUUUUUAGGCUCGUUUUUCUAGAAUACUGGGGAGUUGUGACUUUUAGAAUCUCCAUUUGGUACAUCAAAAAGUAUUCUGCGCAAUUUUCAGGAAGUUGUCAACUUAAAGUUAAAAUGACCUUCCUUGUAAUCAUACAUGGGCAAGUACAGAACUCAUUCACCCUAGAAGAAAAGUUUUACUUCAAAAAAAUUUAUCGAAAUGGCAAGUAAAAAUUAUUUUAAGCUUAGAGAGGUAGUGCUGGCCAAUAUAAGAAAACUUUAUCCCCAGGAAAGUGGUGUUGACUUUAAACUAGGGAACGUUUUUUUUUUCCCCGGUUGAACUUUUGCUGAACCUUUGGUGAAGUGUACUUUAGGGGGCCCUGAUUCCAGAACAGAAAGAAAAUUUCUCGCAAUAGGUUUAGUUUUCGAGUUAGGACACUUCAAAAGCCCGAAAUAGCUCUUUUUUGGCCUAAUUUGCGUAUUUUGCACACUUUGAAGCUUCAUAACUCGGAAACAAGAUCUAUUGCGAGACAUUUUUCUUUUUGAUCUGCAAUCAGGGGGGUCCUAAAGUACACUUCAGCAAAGUUUCAGCAAAAGUUCAACCGGGGGCCAAAAAACGUUUUCUGCUAAGAUAAUUUUGGUAGAAGGAGGAGUAGUUCUUUUACCGUAGAACUGGCAAAAUUGAGCAGUAGCCGUUUUUCCUUGUUUUUUUAGCCGCCCCAUUUUUAAGCUUUCAUCAUUUCAAUAAUCGAGGCGAAAAAAGUUGACUUUCUAGAGCUGCGAGCCUAAUAAAUGUCUCCAGCGUUCGAAAAUUGAACAAUUUGAAUAAAUUUCUACCAUUUCUGACAUUAGUUUGUUCACCAACUAGUUGUUAAGUUUUCUGAUAGACUAGCCACGCCCUUUAUCAUUUUUAUUCAUUUAUUUUUCAGGAUUCUAUAUCAUAUUUGUUUUGGCCGAAACCUGCCUCGCUUUUGCGAUUGGCUAUAUUAAAGGUUUCCUUCUAAGGAUCCUAAAUUUGGAUCAAAAAUCAAUGACUUUCAGGUAGAUACAUCUGUCCGAUGAUGGAUACAAGGCCGCCCAGAAAAUUCCUUCUGAAAAUGACGCGAGUUUCAUUGGAAGGCUGGAAUAGUGAUGUCGACUUGAAAGCUUCGAUCAAAGGGUAAAAUCAGAUAGUAUAACAAAAAAAUUUUUUUGUACUACUGUGGGAACAUGAGAAAGGUCGCUUUUUUAAUUGAUUUUCCUCAGUUAUUGAUUUUUUUCUUUUCUAGUCUUAGAAAUUCUGAAGUGGUCCCUAUAGGGGCUAGGGGAAAAAAACAGCUCCUAUAGGAGACGAAAAAGUGGUCCCUUAAGGGGGUAGGAAAAACAGCAUCUAGAGGGGACGAAAAAGUGACCCCUAUAGGGGUUUAGGGUCUGACCCCUUAGCCCCUAAAGCUCAAGUGGACCCUAUAUGGGUCUUUCAACUUCAUUUAAAAAACGCUCAUUUUAUUCAGUUUUCCUUAUAGAAGUGCUUCUUCAGUACAUAGAAAGUUAUCGAAUAGAAUGUUCCCUAUAGGGGCCACUAACUAAAACCCUUUGAGGGGACAACGUUUGCAAGCUCCAGUGGUCCCUAGAGAGGUCAAAGGUCCCUAAGGUUGCCCCUACAGGGACCACUUUGGAGUUCCUAAGAAGGACUCAAAGACCACUCUAGAUGUUUUAAAAUGGAACUUUCAGAAAAGAGAUAUUCAAAAGAAAAGGAAUAAUCUAUAGACUAUACUUAAAUAUCCCCCUGUAAAGCUCAAAAAUAAAUCUCAAUGCCUUUCCAGAAACAAUGGAGUAAUCGAGAGAAAAGAGGUGAAAGAACAACUGAAAAUAAAUCGGCACAUCUGGGGUCAGGUAAUCAAAAAAUUUUCUCCUCAAGGAAAAUCCACCCGUUUUCAGGUGAGAUACCGUGUCUCCCUGAUCAUUUUCGUCGUGCUCCAAUUGUUCAACGCCCUCUUGCUGCUCGCCUUUUUCAUCCCCUCCUGGCUUCCCGAAGCCGAAAUUCGACCCUACCAAGUUUCGUUCUGA